AUGGCCUGGAGGACCUCAACAACAGAUCCCGCAGACAAAACAUACGCAUCAGGGGCCUACCCGAAUCAGUCCUACCACAGAACAGAAGCACUGCACGACAAAGGCCGCAUAACACGAACUAACACGGACUCACCAACAAGCAAAAAGCCCACACAG